AUGAAAGUCCUUUUAUGUUUAUAUGACGCCGGCAAGCAUGCCGCUGACGAGCCAAAGUUAUACGGCUGCACCGAGAACGAGUUGGGCAUCCGCAAGUGGUUGGAAGACCAAGGCCACGAAUUGGUCACCACCUCUGACAAGGAGGGGUCCAGCUCCGCUUUGGACAAGCACAUCCCCGAUGCUGACAUCAUCAUCUCCACGCCGUUCCAUCCAGCCUACAUCACCAAGGAGAGAAUCGACAAGGCCGUCAAGUUGAAGUUGUUGGUGGUUGCCGGUGUGGGCUCCGACCAUAUUGACUUGGACUACAUCAACAAGUCUGGGAAGAAGAUUUCCGUGUUGGAAGUAACCGGCUCCAACGUUGUAUCUGUCGCAGAGCACGUUGUCAUGACCAUGUUGGUGCUUGUGAGAAACUUUGUUCCAGCUCACGAGCAGAUCAUUGACCACGACUGGGAUGUUGCUGCCAUCGCCAAGGAUGCCUACGAUGUCGAAGGAAAGACCAUUGCCACCAUCGGUGCUGGUAGAAUCGGCUACAGGGUUUUGGAGAGAUUGGUUCCAUUCAACCCCAAGGAGUUGAUCUACUACGAUUAUCAGGGUUUGUCCAAAGAGUUGGAAGACAAGGUCGGUGCCAGAAGAGUUGAAUCGAUCGAAGAAUUGGUGGCCCAGGCCGACAUUGUCACCGUCAACUGUCCCUUACACGCGGGUACCUUGGGCUUGGUGAAUGCGGCUUUGUUGUCCAAAUUCAAGAAGGGUGCCUGGUUGGUCAACACCGCCAGGGGAGCCAUUUGUGUAGCUGAAGACGUGGCCGCGGCUGUGAAAUCCGGUCAAUUGAGAGGCUACGGUGGUGAUGUCUGGAAUAAGCAGCCGGCUCCAAAGGACCACCCUUGGAGAGACAUGAGAAACAAGUACGGUGCUGGUAACGCCAUGACGCCUCACUACUCCGGUACCACCUUGGAUGCCCAAAAAAGAUAUGCCGAAGGGGCAAAGAGCAUCUUGAACUCGUUCUUGACCGAGAAGUACGACUACAGGCCACAGGAUGUCAUCUUGCUCGAGGGUGAGUACGCCACUAAGGCCUAUGGUGACGAUAAGAAGGUCAAGCAGGUGAAGUGA